AUGUCAGAGCCACCCCAUCCCAGCAUCCUCCUCCAUGCUUUCCCUUUCCACCCCUCCAACCUGGUCGUGGCAAGUAACCACUCAGGUUGGCCCCAUCGCCCGGGGGAUGAAGGGAACGGAAGGAAUUGGAUGGGAAAAACUGGGAAGUGAUGGCCGAGUGGGUAAGGUUCCGAUACGGCGACAAGGGGGGUGGAGAACAGUCAUGAAAAUCAACUGGGGGUUCCUCUCCAACAUCAUGAGUUGCAAUCGUGACGGGGCAUUUUCUUUUGGGGUCACUCUGUGCUCUCUGUGCUCUCUCGCUCUCUCGCUCUCUGACUCACUCACGCUCGCACUCACACUCUCAAUCAAUCUUUCAAUCACUUUCACUCCCACUUCCUAUAUCUGUGAUCUGGCCGACUCUGUCGAGGUCUCCCCGGUUCCACAUUGAGGUCCUCAUCGGAGAAGGCCAGGUGCAGGAGAAAGCAUUCGAUUAAUUGGAAAAGGAAGGUAAAGGAAAAAAAGAAAAGGUAAAAUGGUCUCCACAAUAGGGUGCCACUGGGAAGGCCGCAAACGAUAGUUGGUCCAGGAACAAACCAACAGAGGCAGUGAAGUGCGAUGGGGGGACUAGUGUGAAAGGACCCAGAGAUGACAUAAACCCAGGAAGAAGUGGAAAACAGCAAUGUAACCGGAACAUGGACGAUAAUAAAAAUGACAAUAACAAUGAGAUAAAA